AAUUGAACCCAAUGCCAAUGACCGUUUGCAGAACAGAUUUAAUAUGUUCCACUUGCAGUGGAAACUUCCUUUGAUAUGUACUUGCUUCUCGAGAAUGACCAAACAUAAUUUAAGAUAAAUAGACAGUUUCGAGUUGUUAGAACAGAAAAAGAAGAGUAUAUCCUCAAACUUCAAUUGGUUCUGGCAUAACAGGUUGGAGGAAUCCUUUCUCGCCACGUCAUAGUAUGUAAGAAAUCUUGCUACACGUGUCAGAAUGUCGAAACAUAAGGGUCGUACUUGAAAGACUUCCCUUGAAAGACACGACAAGGCUGAGUUGUCAGUUGCGGGAAACAACGUUUCUCAAUCCCCAGUUUCGUUUCUGUUCCGCGAAAAGUCUCCACAUUUCUCUGUUCUUCUUUGGCCUUUCUUGUUCAUUUUGUUUUCUGGUAGCAGAGAUUCGAAGCCUCAGAUUUCUAAAUUCGAUUCCCACAUGUCGAAUCCCGAUGAACCAACCAAGAACAAUCACGCGGGGUCGCCGGUUCCCGCGGAAACACCCACUGCCGACGUGGAGAAUCCGACACCGGCGGCGGGAUUCGGUGUCUCGGCGAUUACUAGGCGAUGGAAAAGGGAGGAUUUGUUGAAGAGAGGAUCCCUGGUGGCUAGAGGAUUGGCUUUGCUGUUCUCUUUGCUUUCUUUCAUAAUCAUGGCUAGCAACAAGCACGGUGAUAGGAAAAAUUUCGACAACUAUGAGGAAUACAGGUAUUUGUUGGCAAUUGCAAUUCUAUCGACUUUGUACACAGGAGUACAAGCGUUGAGACACGUACAUGAGAUCUCGACAGGGAAACAGAUAUUUGAGCGACGUAUCUCUGCCAUGGUGGACUUUCUGGGUGAUCAGGUGGUGGCAUACCUGUUGAUAUCCUCAGCAUCUGCGGCAAUUCCAAUGACAAACAGGAUGAGAGAAGGGCAGGACAACAUUUUCACAGACUCCUCAGCUUCGGCUAUCAGCAUGUCUGUCUUUGCGUUUCUAUCACUGGCACUGUCAGCCAUGGUUUCAGGCUAUAAUCUUUCAACCCAAUCUUACAUCUGAUUAUGGCUUUUAGCUUCUUCUUUUCAUAAUCUUUUCCCACAUUCUCCCUUGAGUGAUUCUUUGUGUAUUUAUCAUUCAUUUGUCAUUUAUGUCAUAUGUCACGUGUAAAUUCUGUGCGUGUUUACCUCUAUGUAUGGUUUGAUUGAUUCAAAGUCAGUAGUGAAAAUGCCUUUCUUCCUGUUGCUUAAA